AAACAAUUCAGUUCUUCACCAUAUGUCUCUGCCGCCUUGCAAGCUGCCUCCCUCAUCCUAGAGCCUAGAGGGAGCAAGUCCAAAAGCAGCUGCAGGUUCAAAACGCUCAGACAAAGACGGACUAAGGCAGACCUCCACCUUCAGACUGGCAAUCUCCUCCAGAAGCCAUUAGACAGGAAAGCAUCCCUGACUGCUACCAAGCCCUGAGUCAUAGCAGAAGUGUCAGAGGCCACUUCAGUAACAACAGCAACAGCAGCAGGCCACAAAUAUGGGUAGCUUUCAUAUAGAAGUCACUUACUGGGAAAAUAGCACCUGGUACGAUUAUUACGACAAUUACAGUUACAACCCUUACAAUUUUGAAAAUUCUGCUCCAUGCCGGCCAGAAUCUCUGGAUACCAACAAGUAUGCUGUGGUCGUCAUCUAUGUCCUGGUCUUCCUACUGAGCUUGCUGGGAAACUCCCUGGUGAUGCUGGUUGUCUUAUAUAGCCGGGUCAGCCGCUCUGUCACUGACGUCUACCUGCUGAACCUGGCCAUGGCCGACCUGCUCUUCGCCCUGACCUUGCCUAUCUGGGCUGCCUCCAAGGCAAAGGGCUGGAUCUUUGGCACAGCCUUGUGUAAGGUGGUCUCACUCUUGAAGGAAGUCAACUUCUACAGUGGAAUUCUACUACUGGCCUGCAUCAGUGUGGACCGCUACCUGGCCAUUGUUCAUGCCACACGUACAUUGACUCAGAAGCGGCACUGGGUCAAGUUCAUAUGCAUAGGCAUCUGGGCCCUAUCCCUGAUCCUGUCCCUGCCCGUCUUUUUCAUUCGCAGCACUGUCUACCCGCAUGAUUCCAGCCCAGUCUGCUAUGAGGACCUGGGUGCCAAUACAACAAAAUGGCGCAUGGUGAUGCGAUUCCUGCCCCAGACUGUUGGCUUCCUUCUGCCACUGCUGGUCAUGCUGUUCUGCUAUGGGCUCACACUGCGCACGCUAUUUCAGGCCCACAUGGGGCAGAAGCACCGGGCCAUGCGGGUCAUCUUUGCUGUCGUGCUCGUCUUCCUGUUCUGCUGGCUGCCCUACAAUCUAGUGCUGAUAUCAGACAGCCUCAUGAGGAUCGGGGCGAUCAAGGAGACCUGUGACCGCCGAAAAGACAUUGACCGGGCCCUGGAUGCCACUGAGAUUCUGGGCUUCUUCCACAGCUGCCUCAAUCCCCUCAUCUAUGCCUUCAUUGGCCAGAAGUUUCGCCAUGGUCUUCUCAAGAUCAUGGCCAUCCAUGGCCUGAUCAGCAAGGAGUUCUUGGCCAAGGACGGCAGGCCUUCCUUUGUUGGCUCUUCUUCAGGGCACACUUCUACUACCCUCUAAGACCCCCGCCCCUUUUCAGCCCCACAGGGCUCCUCCCCUCCCAUCAGCACCCAAACCACAUGUCCACUGGCUAUUCACAGCCUCUGUGUCAAGACGGGUCCUCAUUGUGGUCGCAGGAAGUUGCUGAAGCCACGAGCUUAUCAGGGCCCAUUGUAUGGUUCAGAAAGCUGGCCCUGGCGCCCCACCCCUUACUAUAAUUACUAUGUCAGCUGCUAGGACUCUGUCCAUCCUACCACUCAGCCCAUAGCCCUCUGUCCUCUGAGAUGUUCCUUGCUUGCUAGCAAAGUCUGCUUCCCUUGAGGUAGGCUGGAAAUGACAGAGACUCACUUCUAUGACGCCCUUGAGCUAGGAAUGGCCAUAUCAUCCAGUUCUGCUAGGAUGACUUUUAGGCAAGAGUGUGCUGGUAAACCAGUCUCCUGGAGGGAAAAUCCUGAUUUGUAGCAUUCACCGAGUUCCAUGUUAUAAAUCUUCUACCGUAGUAAUUUCAAGGGUGGUGGUAUUUAGCAACCAGUUCACAAAAGUCUAGGAAAUCUAAUGAUCUCUUUUCACGAGCAGGUACAAACUGGCUUCAGCACACCAUUGCUUUCAGGAGUCUGCUGGGGCUGGAAGACUCCUGGGAAAUAUUCCUGAUUUAAAAAAAGAGACACAUCCACUCAUACACAUCCUUGGGUCUUGCCUUUGAAUAUGGUUAUAGGAUAUGAUUUGUGGCCCUAAGGCAGCAAUAUUGUGACAAUGAGGCAAAAAGCCUGACACACUUAGGCUGAUGGAGUCAAAGAAGAAAAAGAACCUGAAAAUAAAGAGCCUAGAGAUAAACCUAAGCAAGCAUAAGAAUAAAACUGGUCCUUUACCUUAUACCAUACACAAAAAUUACCUCAAAAUAGAUUGAAGACCUAAACAUAAGAACUGAAACUAUAAAACUCUCAUAAGAAAACA